CCCUAAAUCUCUCCAUUGUUAAAAGGGUAAUUCUUGGGGCUCAUUUUUCUUAUGAAUUAGAGUGAAAAAAUCAGCUUAAUUUUCAGAGGAAUUAAUGAAGAUGAUGCCAACUGGGUUCAGGUUCAAUCCCACCGAUGAAGAACUCAUCCAAAUUCUUGAAAGGAAAGUUUAUGGCCAAGAAAUGCCUCUCCAUGGCCACUUCAUUGUUGAAAGAAACGUCUAUGAGUUUGAUCCUCAAGAUCUUGAAUGGGACUAUAAUAUGGCUGUGCCUAACAACGAGAGAUAUUGCUAUUGUAUAAAGGAGAAUGAUUCUCGAGAAGUCUUAGGUCGAGGAUGGUGGAGAGCUACCGGGCAUGUUAAGACAAUUUAUGCGAACGAACGAGUGGUGGGAUACAAGAGGCCAUUGACGUUUCACAGGUUCACUGGUAAUGACAAGAAGCGCAACACAGCCAUCAAGACUAAUUGGAUUAUGCACGAAUAUAAUCUAGAAUCCAACACAACUGAGUGGAGACUUUGUAAAAUCAAAUAUAAGGGGAAACCAAGUGCGCAAGAAGAGCUGGAGAAUAGCAGAAAAGGAGUUGCAUCAAAUAAAGAUUUUGAAGCUAGUAGUUCAAUAAUGAGCCUGCAGUCAGAAUUUGUCGGUGAUCAACAUCAGCAACCGCAACCAUUGCAGCUUGAAAAUGUGUGUGAGCCUUGUUUUGAAGCCAUAAGUUCAAUGGAGACGCAAGAACAAUUUGGUUUCGGUGGCGAAGAACCGCUGCAAUCCGAUCAACUCCUGCAGCUAGACAAUGUGUAUGAGCUUUAUUUUACACAAAACAUGCUACUGGAAGUGAUUGAUGAGAAGCUGCAACAAUCAAAAGCUUCAUGUGAUCCCUAUUACUUUGAUGGUCAGAUUGAGCAACCUGCAGAUUCAUCGGAGCAGCUCUUUCUCAGCCUUUGGUCGUGGCAGAACUAGCAAAAGUAUGGCGGUUUGAUCUCUUCAGAGUCUCUCUCUGAAUGAAAAGUUUUCUGUUUGGAUUGAUUAACAUUGUGGCUUUCUUUUAACUUUUUUCUUUUGUUAGUGUUUGAAUGAAUGAAUCUUAGUAUUUGAAAAUUCUCGGAUGCGGACAUCCUAAUUUUUUUUACCAAUUAGCUGAUAGUAGCUAUUGUAAUCGGAGUUUAAAAAAAUUAGGAUAUCCGCAAGAGAGAAUCACUAUCUAUGUAUUUAUGUUUGAAAAAUGGACAUAUUGUUAAAUUAUCUAGA